AUGGAGUUUGCUACAUCACUGAAGGCACGAGGAAGGAGUGGUGCAUCCAUUGCUGGCCUACAAGGAGUCAAAGAACAAGUAUCAUUGCCGGAAGGUAACUCGAGAAGAAGAGUGAGCGGAGGUCGUCGCAGACUUGGGAAGAAGUAUACAGAAGACCAUGUAGUUUCAGUCUUCAAGAAAAAGCGACCAGUUCCAUACGUAAGCGCACCGAAACUGGAGGCAGAAAUCGAGUUGGUUGCCGAGGAGUGA